AUGGUGCUGCCGUCGAUCCGCGUGGGGCACUCGGGUGGCGGCGCGUUUGAGAGCCUCGCGAGCGACGCGGUCGAGGAGAAGAAAAAGCUCACGCUGGGCGUGUGCGUUAUGGAGAAGAAGGUAGGCGGACGGGGGAGAGUGGGGGCCCGUUCCUCUUCCAUCAUCCAAUUCCCCCCAUCCCCUUCCGCCCCGCUUCCACCAUCCCCGUUUGGCCACCCCCAUUGUACCACGCCCCUUGCAGUCCCGUCGCGCUCGUCCCCCAUGACGGCAAUUCUUGACCGCCUGCGCAUGUUCGGCGAGGUGGAGGUGAGGCCUGGGGGAGGUGAGAUCUGCGGGAGGUGGCCCAUAUGCGAUGCGCUAAUCGCCUUCUACUCCACGGGCUUCCCUCUCGCCAAGGCGCAGCAAUACGCCGCCCUGCGCAACUGUGCGCACUCUAUUGUGACUUCCUUCAACUCGCAUUUUUUCCAUUGCUCCUUUGUCUCUCUCCCACUCUCCCACUCUCCCUCUCUCCCAUCUAUCCCAUCCCUCCCUUCCCUCCCAUCUCUCCCCGCCCUUCUCGCGCUGCUCCUGCACGGCAGGCCUUAUCUGGUGAACGAGUUGGAGCCGCAGUGGCUGCUGCAUGACAGGAGGAAGGUGUACGCGAAGCUGGAGGAGCACGGGCUGAUGAUGCCCACGUACGCCAUAGUGAACCGCGAGGGCGAGGGGGAGGGAGCGGAGGAGGAGUUUGAGGAGGAGGAGGACUACGUGGUCAUCGCGGGCAAGCGCAUCAACAAGCCCUUUGUGGAGAAGCCCGUUGAUGGUGGGCGCAUGGGCGCUCGCUGCGACGACCACAGUGUGAUGAUUUACUACCCCAGCUCCGCAGGGGGCGGCAUGAAAGAGCUCUUCAGGAAGUACCACCACCUCUCUCUCCGCUCUGCCAUCUCUCGCCUCUCCUGGAAGGUGGGCAACCGCUCCAGUGAGUUCCACCCGGAUGUGCGCCAUGUGGGCAACCGCUCCAGUGAGUUCCACCCGGACGUGCGCCAUGUGAGGCGCCACGGCUCCUACAUCUAUGAGGAGUUCCUCCCCACAGGCAAGCUCUCAGCGCUAGCAUUAGAUCUACCACUAGGAGCUUGCUGCUGCCGAUCGAAUCCAUCCGUCCAUUUCCUAGCUGCGCCAUGGGGCACGGACGUGAAGGUGUACACGGUGGGGCCGGACUAUGCGCAUGCAGAGGCACGCAAGUCACCCGUGGUGGACGGCGUCGUCAUGCGCAGCGCCGACGGCAAGGAGAUCCGCUACCCGGUGCUGCUCACCCCAACGGAGAAGGAGAUGGCACGAGUCAUCUGUCUUGCCUUCGGCCAGGCUGUGUGUGGCUUUGACCUGCUGCGAUCGCACGGCCGCUCCUUCGUGUGCGAUGUCAACGGCUGGAGCUUUGUCAAGAACUCCACCAAGUACUACGACGAUGCAGCGUGUGUGUUACGAAGCAUGCUGCUGCGCGCCGUGGCUCCGCACCUCUACUCGCCUCUCCCCGUGCGCCUGCCGUGGUCCUCCGGACCCGACGCAGCAGCAGUGGACGGCACGACAUCGCCGGAUUACGAGCGCACGCUCACCAGCGUGAGCAGCUUCAACAGCGUUCACACGUUCGGCACGCGGGAGGAGCUGCGCUGCGUCAUUGCCGUCAUCCGCCAUGGUGACCGCACGCCAAAGCAGAAGGUGAAGCUGGUGGUGACGCAGGAGCGGCUGCUGAAGCUCAUGCUCAAAUACAACGGCGGCAAGCCCCGCUCUGAGGCGAAGCUGAAGAGUGCCGUGCAGCUGCAGGACCUGCUGGACGCCCUGCGCGCACUUGUGCCACAUCAGAGGGACGGCAGUGACAGCGAGACAGAGGACUUUGAGAAUGCGGAGAAGCUGAGGCACGUGAAGGCCGUGCUGGAGGAGGGAGGGCACUUCUCGGGCAUAUACCGCAAGGCGCAGCUGAAGCCGCAGAAGUGGGAGCGUGUGCAGCGGAGGGACAGCAGUGGGGGCGAGGUGGAGGUGGACGAGCCCACGGAGGCCCUCAUGGUGCUCAAAUACGGCGGCGUGCUCACCCACGCUGGCAGGGCACAGGCGGAGCAUCUGGGUCGAGCAUUUCGAGAAGCCAUGUAUCCUGACGAAAUGGGGUCGAAUGGAACAGGGCUGCUGCGGCUGCACAGCACGUACCGCCACGAUCUCAAGAUCUACAGCUCCGAUGAGGGCCGCGUGCAGAUGUCAGCAGCAGCGUUCAUCAAAGGUCUGUUGGACCUGGAGGGGCAGCUCACGCCUAUCCUGGUUAGUCUGGUGAGCAAGGACUCGCCCAUGCUUGACGGGCUCGACUCCGCCUCCAUUGAAAUGGAGCAUGCCAAGCGCAAGCUGGGUGAGAUGAUGACGACCAACGACCCGCCUGUGCUCUCGCCCACGCACGGCCAGCCCCCCGCGGCUCUCAGCCCGCGCCGGCCCUCUCAGUCGCGCUCGCACUCGCGCAGCAGCAGCAGCAGCAGCCACGGCGGGUCGUCAGCGCAGCUGGCUGGCCCGUGGAUGACAGACGCGCCCUGGCUUCCUGACCGCCCCCUCAGCAAGCUGCACAAGCUGGUGGAGCUGAUAAAGGCGCUGGCAGCACACGCCAAGGAGAAGUGCCGAGAGGACGACGUGGACGGCGCACUGGAGGCCAAGGUCGAGGAAGCUGUCAAGAAGCUUCGCAUCGUGCCCGUGCCGCCACAGCACAAGGCCGGGGCGGGGGAGCAGCAGCAGAAGGGUGCGGGGGAGCAGCAGGGCGGGGCGCAGCAGCAGGGGGGAGGGAAACAGAAGGCGGUGCCGUAUGAUGGCACGGUGCUGGGGAAGGCACGGUUUGAUGAGAGCCGCAUUGCCGCCGGGCUGCCGUGCGGUACGGAGGAGUUUCUGCUCAUCUUUGCGCGGUGGAAGAAGCUUGAGCGCGAUAUUUACAAUCCGCGAAAGGAUCGCUUCAACAUCAGCAAGAUCCCCGACGUCUACGACUCUGCCAAGUACGACCUGGUGCACAAUCGGCAUCUGGGCCUCAAGGGGCUGGACGAGCUCUACCUGCUCGCCAAGGCACGCUCCUUGCCCGAGAUGGCGAAUGGCGUCAUUCCCAAUGAGUACGGCAUCACGCCGUACAGCAAGCUCAAGAUCGGGGCCAAGGUGGCACAGCGACUGCUGGGAAAGAUUCUGAUUGAUUUACACAACCAGAGCGUGCCUGUGCCUGCAGCACUAAAGUCUCCGUCCCUCCCCUCCCACCCCUCUCUUCCCCAGGUGGCACGGCGGCUGCUGGGAAAGAUGCUGAUCGAUCUGCACAACACGCGGGACGAGGCGGUGGCGGUGGGGCAGGCCAUGCAGCAGCACCGGCAGAGCCUGAGGGAGCAGCGAGCCGCAGCGGUGGCGGCAGCGGUGUUCAACCAGGAGCAGCAGCGGCAGAACCGCCGGUCGUCCGGUGAGGCCAAGCGCCGCUCCGAUGGGCACUCAGAAGGGGACAAUGACGACAGCAACGCUCAGUACCGCUUGGACCCCAAGUGA